AUGGCUAUGGCUCAAGCGAAGCCCGCCGGCCCCGGCGGCGGGCGCCAAGUGCUGGAGUCCAUGUACUCGAUGAUUGCGCUCGUCUUCAUCCUCGUCGCCUGCGUUGAGCUAUGCGACGCUGCCACCGUCGUCGACGUGUAUCGGCUGAUCCAGUACGACAUCUCCGGUGCUCCUUUCGGAUCUCGGCUCGCCAACCUCAACCACCAUGCUGGGUCUUUGCACUUUGCUCCUGGCUCUGAUCUCUCCCGCACUGUCCUCAUCAUCCCCUUGCGCGAACUCAACAUCUCCUUCGUCACUGAGUACAUUACCCAGAAGCAGCCUCUGGGAGGUUUGCUGUUUUUGCUGCCCCAGAUAUUUAGUAUUGAAAAUAGAGAAAGGGCAACGAGUAAUCAUCAAAUUGAUGGAAAGGUGCCAAUGAAGAAUUAUCUGGCCGAACUUGAAAAAUUACUUAUUCAUUCCAAGAUACCUUACCCUGUAUAUUUUGCUUUUGAAGAUGAUGAUAUUGAGGCUGUGUUGGCUGAUGUCAAGCGGAAUGAUGUCUCUGGUCAGCCUGCUACUGCAACUACUGGCGGAUACAAGCUUGUUGUUUCAGUGCCAGAACCUAAAAAGCAUGCAUCACCCACCAUCACAAACAUUCAGGGAUGGUUGUCUGGACUGAAAACAGAUGGAGAUGCAAAUCAGCUUCCAACUAUUGCUAUAGUAGCAUCAUAUGACACUUUUGGGGCAGCUCCUGCUUUAUCAGUGGGAAGUGAUAGCAAUGGAAGCGGUGUUGUGGCACUUCUUGAGAUUGCUAGGUUGUUUUCUAUUCUUUACUCCAAUCCUAAGACAAGAGGAAGGUAUAAUUUACUUUUUGGGUUAACAUCAGGAGGACCUUAUAACUACAAUGGAACUCAUAAGUGGCUUCGAAGCUUUGAUCAACGCCAGCGUGAGAGUAUUGACUAUGCUAUUUGCUUGAAUAGUAUUGGCUCAUGGGACAAUGACUUGUGGAUUCAUGUGUCUAAGCCUCCGGAAAAUGCCUACAUAAAGCAAAUUUUUGAAGGUUUCUCUAGUGUAGCAGAAGAACUGGGCCUUAACGUUGGUCUGAAGCACAAGAAGAUAAAUAUUUCAAAUCCCCGAGUAGCUUGGGAGCAUGAACAGUUUUCACGGCUGAGAGUUACUGCUGCCACUCUUUCUGAACUCCCCCUUGCUCCUGAACUGUUAGAAAGCACUGGCAGUCUUGUUGAUGGAAGACCUUUCGUGAAUGAAACUGCAAUCAUCAGAAGUGUCAAGCUAGUUGCUGAGAGCCUUGCGAGGCAUAUCUAUGGUCAUGAAGGAAAGAAUGUUCAAAUCUUUGCAGACAACAGUAGUUUAGCAGUUAAUCCUUCUUACAUAAAAUCGUGGUUGGAUCUACUGUCACAAACACCUCGAGUGGCACCAUUUUUAUCAAAGAAUGACCCGUUUAUCUUGGCGUUGAAGAAGGAAUUGGAAGACAAUACAGAUGAGGUGAACGUGCAGCAUGAGGUGCUUGACGGGAUGUUUACUUUCUAUGAUUCAACUAGGGCUAAACUUAACGUAUAUCAGGUGGCUAGUGUGACAUUCGAUUUGCUGUUGCUUCUGGUGUUGGGAUCAUACUUGAUCGUACUUUUCAGUUUCCUUGUCAUCACAACUAGGGGUCUUGAUGAUCUAAUCAGUUUGUUUCGACGACCUCCCUCACGUAAAGUGAAAACAGCUUGAUCACCGAAGGUAGGAUUGUGCCAGAAAAUUGCUUUUUUGCUACUGAAGAUUCUCUGGCUUAGAUUAAAACGACUAUUGACUAGUUUGUUAGUGGUUCCAUCAAUGUCUUGGCCUAGUUCAUGUCACGAGAAUCAUUCAGCUGUUCGUUAUAGGAAGAUGCUUAUAAUUUAUCGUGCCAGAAAGCAGCUGAGAAUUAUUUUUGUUGACGUUUCAUAUUUUAUCCAAGUAAUAUUUCUGGCAACUUGUAUGAGAAUUGAAUUCAAUCGGAUGUCGAAUAAAGAAGGGCAGAGGUGAAGAUAGAGAUCUUUCUAUGGUUUUGCUAGAAGGCAACACGAUCUUAGAGUAGCAAAAGAUUUUGGAGUGAUCAAUUUUAUCACCCGAUUUGUUUGCUUGUUGCUUCGACUCCUAUAGAAUGUGAAGUAGGAUGUGUUUUUAUGAGUUGAAAAUUACAAUUUGUCCAUUUUGAUUCUGCAUUUGCUUGUGAUUUGGUAUUCAUAGUUGUAAUGAACAUGUGCACGAUUACAAUGUGUUAACAGUUUCAACCUCGUUGGUAAUUCGGGUUGAAGCCUGAGAUAUUGAAGUUGGGUUAUUUUUUGCUUUA